CUAGGAGUAACUAAGCGGCAGUGUUUUGUGCCUCAGGCUGCAACACGACACCAGAUCUGGACAGUUUGGCCGCUGAGCACGAGUUGGGCUCGGGGGAGCCGCUCGUGGCUGUCAUAUCGACUGCGUCCAAAGCACAACGUUCGCCAAGAUCAUCCUGUCACCGUUGGACUUUUACUCAGCAGCUAUCUCUCUAAAUCGACCGUUUCGAUCGCAAUCAUGGAUAAAGUGCAAGCUUUCGGCAAGAACUUCAGCUCAAGCUUCCAACCCUUCGCGCAGCGCGCACAGCAGUAUGUCAAGGAGCAGCUGGGCCAGGUCGACGAGAAGACGCAGCUGCCGGAUGAGUACAUUGAGCUCGAGAAGCGCGUGGACGCUUUGAAGCAGGUCCACCAGAAGCUCCUCUCAGUCACUUCUCAAUACUCCAACGAGGCUUACGACUACCCUCCAAACAUCCGCGAGUCUUUCAAUGACCUGGGCCGCACCAUCAGCGAGAAGGUCCAGCUGUUGUCGCAUGCCACUUCUCCCGCUGAGGCUCAGGCUGCUUUGACUGCUCCCCCAUCCGCAAAGCCGCAGCCAAAGACGUUCAACCAUGCCAUCGCGCGCUCUGCUUUGGCGGGGUCCCAGCUGAUCGCCCAGAACUCCCAGGGCGAGGACCCGCUUGCGACUGCUCUGGAAAAGUACGCUCUCGCCUCGGAGCAGGUGGGUGAGGCGCGACUGGCUCAGGAUGCCCAGAUCCAAUCGCGAUUCCUCGCUGGCUGGAACACGACUCUGAACACGAACUUGAUGUUUGCAACCAAGGCUCGCAAGAAUGUCGAGAAUGCGCGGUUGACCCUAGACUCCAUCAAGGCCGCUAAGAAGGCCCAGGCUAAGGGUGACUUGGAUAACCUGAGCGAAGACGCACGUGCCGAGAUCGAACAGGCGGAAGAUGAGUUCGUCGGCCAGACUGAGGAGGCCGUCAGUGUCAUGAAGAACGUCCUUGACACUCCCGAGCCCCUCAGAAACCUUGCGGAUUUGAUUGCCGCACAGCUAGAGUAUCACAAGCGCGCGUAUGAGAUCCUCAGCGAGCUGGCCCCCGUUGUUGACGGACUCCAGGUUGAGCAAGAGGCUAGCUACCGGAAGAGCCGUGAGGGCGCUUAGUUAUGAUAACGGAGGCACGUUUCGUUGAUUUUCUUGCUUUUCGUUUGGUUGCGUAGGAAGUUUUAAGCCAUGUCUGUAAACGUCCAUUAUCUGAGUUUGCGAUUGUUGUGAUGUUGCCGGACUUCUUCUAGAAGUUCAUUCCCCAUUAGUUAAGUUUUGUCAGCUUGUAGCUCGACACAGACACAUGUCUUUCUCUACUUCACUGGUUACCCUCGAGGGACCAAUAAAUGCAACGGUAUUCCACAGCUCCAAGGUUCGAUUUACAUACGACACUCUGUUGUCUGGCAAGAUGUACACUGAAUAUGCACGGACCGCAGCGGCGUAUAGCUCGGCAUGGUCCCAAAAUAACUCCGCAUGGUGCUGAAUUCUGCCAAUAGAUAUUCUCCGCGGAGAGCAGAGCAGGGAUCUCUACCGGUCAGUGGAAGGCCAAUAAGCAGUCGAGAAAAGGCAGGUAGGGUAGACUAGGUACAACAGCAGCAAGG